AUGGGUGUUCAUAUCUAUCUAUCUAUCUAUCUAUCUAUCUAUCUAUCUAUCUAUCUAUCUAUCUAUGUGUUCAUAUCUAUCUAUCUAUCUAUCUAUCUAUCUAUCUAUCUAUCUAUCUAUCUAUCUAUCUAUCGCAUGUUCAUAUCUAUCUAUCUAUCUAUCUAUCUAUCUAUCUAUCUAUCUAUCUAUCUAUCUAUCUAUCUAUCACAUGUUCAUAUCUCUCUAUCUAUCUAUCUAUCUAUCUAUCUAUCUAUCUAUCUAUCUAUCUAUCUAUCACAUCUGAGGUAUUCUUAUCUAUCUAUCUAUCUAUCUAUCUAUCUAUCUAUCUAUCUAUCUAUCUAUCUAUCCCAGUCUUUUCAUAUCUAUAUUUUAUUUAAUCUAAUUAUCUUUUCUUUCUCUCUUUCUUUCUUUCUUUCUUUCUUUCUUUCUUUCUUUCUUUCUUUCUUUCUUUCUUUUUCAAUCUCAAGUGUUCAUAUCUAUCUAUCUAUCUAUCUAUCUAUCUAUCUGUCUAUCUAUCCCAGUCUUUUCAUAUCUAUCUUUUUCUAUCUCUAUAUAUAUCUCAAUAUUUUAUUUAAUCUAAUUAUCUUUUCUUUCUUUCUUUCUUUCUUUCUUUCUUUCUUUCUUUCUCUCUUUCUUUCUUUCUUUCUUUUUCAAUCUCAAGUGUUCAUAUCUAUCUAUCUAUCUAUCUAUCUAUCUAUCUAUCUAUCUGGCGAGUUAGCUGCCCUCUUCCUCUCUUUCUCCGGCUUCCUUCAUGUCUUUCCAUCUAUUAUUCUGUUCACAUCUAUUUUCCCUCAUAUUGUUCACUGUAGCCUUUCGAAAUGUUUUUCUUUUUCUUUUACAUUUUCUGAUCUGUUCUGUUUGUUAAUCACUGUAGAUAAAAACGUCCGUCACUAG